GGAAGGCCGAGUCCCUUAGAGACACAAUCUUGUGAAAUUCAUGAACCAGCAUGCUUGGCAGAAGACCUAAAAAAAGCCCGCAGGCAAAGGGCCAGGGAGCUGCAGUUGCAAAGCAGCUGGGGCUGUUUGUAGAUUUCAAUCCUGAAGAGAUGCUUCUGGGUGCAGAGGAAGGUGGGGAUGACGGGGACCUAGAAGCAGAGCUUGCUGCCAUCACAGGAGCAAAGAUGAAAGAAGGGAAAUCAAAACCAAAAGGGAAAACUCCUCUGCCCAUGGAUCAUAUUGAAAAGAUGGCUGCAGAGUGUAUGAAGGAGCUGAAUGAAGAUGAGGAGGAAGAAGCAGAUGAUGAAGACCUGGAGAAAGAUACAGACCUGUUGGCAGAAUUGCAAGAAGUUCUGGGGGUGGAAGGUGAGACAGGAGGCUGUGAGGAUGAAACGAUAGCAAUGGAGCCAUCCACAGCUGAAUCAGAAAAUGAGCAACCUGACCUGCAACCACAGACCACCUCACUUCCUGCUGUUACCAGUGAGCUGCAGCAGACAAUAGAGAAGAGAGUUGCUAACUAUAGAACAGCAAUUUCUAACGCAAAGGAGUCAGGUGAGAGUGCCAAAAUACGCCGGUACGAAAGAGGCCUUAAGACACUGGAAACCAUGCUGGCUGCAGUGAAGAAAGGCAAAAAAAUCAAUGAGGAAGAAAUGCCACCUCCUGUUGCCACAGGAAAGAGUUCUUCUCACUUACCUCAAGCCAUAAGAGUGGAGCUAGAGAAUUCAGGAGAUUCAGUCAGUGUCCUACCAGAGAAUAAAGCUGAGUCUGCUGCAGAUGAUGAGCAGAAGACCUCUCAUGAGGCAGCGCAGCGUCUGGAAUCAGAGGUUCUACAGGGUCAUGCUGCUUCUAGUCCUAUCGUGGAAACAGAUCUCCAGAACAGCACACGAGCAAUACUACUUAUGAGGCAGAAGGAGUAUAAAUUAGCAGCUCUAAAAGCCAAGCAGCAAGGGGACCUGGAGAAAGCGAAGGAAUACAUGAAGGCAGGCAAGAAAUUUAAUGUGGUCUUGGAAGCUUUGGAUAGUGGGCAGCCCAUAGACCUCCAGAAUAUGCCUCCAUCUCCUCAGGAUCUUGAAAGCCUAGGAAACAUACAAGAUGCGUCCAAGCAAAAGGUACCAGCUCCAGUGGGAGGUUCCCAGGAUCUUACAACACCUGAACCUCAGAUCCAAGAAGCUUCAGCUUCCCUGCAGCAACCAAAAACAGUGUUGGAAGCAUUGCAGCAAAGGCUUGAGAAGUACAAGUCGGCAGCAGCACAGGCUAAAGCGAGUGGGGAUGAUCGGAAAGGCAGGAUGCACGAGAGGAUAGCCAAGCAAUACCAGGAUGCCAUAAGAGCCCAUAAAGCAGGGAGAAAAGUUAAUUUUUCUGAGCUACCUGUUCCUCCUGGAUUUCCCCCUCUUCCUGGUGUUGCAGCAACGGAUGGUGACAGCACAAUAGCUGCUGUUUUGGAAAGUGCCAGCAAGCUGGCAGACAUGGAGGAGAAUGAUGAAGAGGAGGAGAAUGAGCCUCUGACACAGGCCCCAGUUGCCAAGAAGCCUGCUCAGCUGCCUGGAAAGCCGACUCAAGUUGUUAAGCCAAUUACAGUGCCAUCUGCUGUAGCUGAGCAGGAGAACUCUCCUGAGCAUGUGAAACAGGCUACAUCACCCUCCACCCUGGACAAGGCAGAGUCAAUGGAUCAUCUCCCUCCAGCUGCUAGGGAACAGCUGGAAUUUCUGGAGAAUAGAAAGAAGCAAUACAUGAAGGCAGCCGUCAAAGCAAAGAAGGAGAAUAACCUUGAACAGGCUAAGAUGUAUCUCAGAACAGCUAAGAGCUUUGACCUAAAGAUUGAGCAAGCAAAAUGUGGCAAACCUGUUGAUGUUUCCAAGCUGCCAUCACCCCCUACAGAUGAUGAGGGUGAUUUUAUCUUCAUACACCAUGAAGAUGUCAGACUGUCUCAGAAAGCAGAUGAAGUGUAUGCACAGCUCAUAAAAUUGCUGAAGGACCAACAUGAGAGGUGUUUACAGUAUUCCAAGCAAUUCAUGCAUCUGGGAAAUGUAGCAGAAACGACUCGGUUUGAGAAACUAGCACAAGGUUGUAAAAAGGACAUGGACAUCCUACAGCUUGCACGAGCACAAGGAAUGGAUCCUCCAAGCCAUCACUUUGAGGAAAGAACCUUUAAAAUGAUAAGGAUAUUUUCUGAGCUCAACAGCACAGAAAUGCACCUUCUUAUUGUCAGGGGGAUAAACCUACCAGCUCCACCAGGUGUAUCACCAAGAGAUUUGGAUGCAUUUGUGAAGUUUGAAUUUCAGUACCCGAGUGCGGAGCAACCUCAAAAGAGUAAAACACCUGUAAUUAACAAUAACAAUUCUCCAGAAUAUAACCAGUUGUUUAAGUUGAACAUCAACCGAAAUCACAGAGGUUUCCGACGAGCAAUUCGGUCCAAAGGAAUUAAAUUUGAAGUAUUUCAUAAAGGGUCCUUUUUCAGAAGUGACAAGCAGGUGGGGACAGCACACUUGAAACUGGAAAAGCUGGAAUCAGAAUGUGAAGUUAGAGAGAUCAUCGAGAUUUUUGAUGGCAGAAAGCCCACUGGUGGGAAACUGGAGGUAAAAGUGAGACUCAGGGAGCCCCUCAGUGGUCAAGAUCUUCAAACAGUUACAGAAAAUUGGCUGGUCCUCGAACACUAGUUCUAUCUGAGAUCCAUUGGAAUGCUAAAAGAUGUGGGAUGAACGUAUGUAGAAAGAUGCUGCUAGCUGCAAGCACCAAAGACGUUAAAUGAAUGCACUACUGAACCUAAUGUCUAUUUUGAUAACAGCCAUAGUGCUUAUUAAUAACUUUAAGGCAAAUGUAAGGCUCUGGAAAUUUGCUGCUGCAGGGGAUUGUUACUAGUCUGCACAAAAUAGACAGAAUUGCCUUAAUGUUGGACUACUAAUGUAGCACCAGGAUGAAUGUUACAUUAACUAUGCAUAGUGGUGUGCGAAAAGUUUAGCCCCUUAAAAAUACCCCGAGGCAGUGCAAAAACUUCUCAGUCAAGUCACAGGUAAGACCUUUACUAGAAUUCAUUUUUUCAAGUGUACGAGCAGCCGACGUGGUACAGCGAACAGUCUGCUACUGCUUUUUCUGUUCUCUCUUAUCAAGCCCUGUUUAGGGGGUUUUUUUUGUUUGUUUCCUAAAAUAGAGGAGAGAGCUCAGGCAGCAAUCUAGCAGCAGUGCAUCCCUCCUCUAUGCAUGCCAUUGCUACGUAACCUUCAAUGGGAUGUUGCCUUUCAGAAGAAAAGAAUGCAAGACUUCUUAGCAGCAGGUGUUUACACAGCUACAUUUUUGUUCUGGCUACCAGUUGUCUGCCAUGCUUGCUGCACUGCUUGUUCAAUGCAGCCUGGGUACUGUGCCUUCAUCCUUUUUAUUUUCUUUUUUUUGUAAUUUAAAAAAGGAGAAAAAAAGUACACUCGACUGCUGCUUCCCAAAUGUUCCCUGUAUUUUUACAAAAACAGGCUUUUACAGUUCUUCCAGGUGAUCGGGAAAAUAGCCACUCUUUGUGACGUGUAGAAAACUGGAUUAUGACUAUUUGCAGGAAUGCUUUUGAUCAGCAACAUACAAAAAAUGGUACCAAAUAUGUUUGUGGUUUUUAAAUCUCUGUGAGCUAACAGAAACAACGGAUCUCAAAGGAGAGGAUGUGCCUGCACUGGGGAGUCAGAGCACUCCUACACCAGCUGUUUAGGUAGGGCAAGUUUGUAGACAGAAGAGAGUCCAGACAAGUAAGGCAGCGCUGCCUCUGUCUUCCUGAGCAGAUGAAGACAAUACAGUGUUUAGUUUUUAAUUUCAAUAAAUUUAAUAUACAAAACUACAUGUUGAAAAUAAAAAUAUAAUAUGCAGUUUUUUGCAGUGUUAACUAACUGAAUUUUAAAAGUACAAUUUUUUUUUUAAAACAAGUACUCAUUUCUUAACAACAUGGUAAUUAAGGUCAUUUAAAAGGCUGUGGUUGAAGCAAACAUGUCAGUCACCAGUUGAUAGUGUUUUGCACAAACAUAAUCCAAACCUAAAAGACUUUUGGGGCAAAGGAAGAGAAGAUAAAGAUUUUUUCACCUCUUUUACUGCAUCAUUAAGCGUAACAAUGCAAAUAAAGUAACUGGAAAGCUGCUGCUGUGGCAAAGCUGGAGUGCAGGCUCUAUAAGGAAGAUUAUUACUUAAUUUAUGGAACACUCUUCCGCAUACUGAAUCUUGCUUACACCAUGUAGUGCUGCGCUGUGUGUGCAAAAACAGUGUGCAGAGGGGAGUCUGAAAGUAACCGUAGUCCUGCUCUGCUGCACAGGUACAUAGGAAGGCUAGUGAUUGUGUAGUAGCUUAAGGUUUGUCCAUCGUGAAACAUUAAGCCACGUUAAGGCCAGAGGUAAGGUUUCACUUUGAUGCAACACUUACCCUUCGCAGUGUAGUACUGUGCUACCUCUUGCUGGCCAGCUUUUCCUUCUGGAGUUGGACCCCAGUUCUCUGGCCUGCCUUCCCCAAGUGUUGGGUGGUGACAGCUGUAAUUUGUAAUAUUGGAUUUGUCAGACUUUUGCUUUUUGCUAAAAAGCAGUAGCCAUUUAUUCACAAAUGCACUCUGUACAUAUACUCUGCUGUCUUUACAUAAAAUACAUUGCUACAUGUACAGUUACCUUUUCCUUUGCCCAGCUAAUGCUGUAUAUUUGUUUAAAAAACAUAGCAUCAGUCUCACAGUAGCCUUGCACUUCCCUUUAUAUUUGAAAGAAUGUCUGUGUUACUCACAUACAGCAAAAAUGAAAUAAUCCCCACUGCAUCCACCAGAACUGACUGCGAGUGGGGACAAUGCAAUGUCUGAGUUACUGUGCUCACCAUAAAUUAGCCCCUCUCUUCCCAAAUUAAUUUUCUGUAUAGACAGGAGGAGAAACCUUUGCCCCCCUUCCUGGGAGGGACUCAAAACAGCUGCUUUGCAUGGCCAUGACUAAACAAACCAAACCCCUUCCUUCUCCUGCUCUCAGCUCUUUCCACUGGUUAGCAGCUUUCCAUGGAGACAAUAAGAACAUGAAACCACAUUUCCUCUGGCGGAUUCUCAAUUCCAGCUUCACAAUGUGGUGGCAGAUGUCAGCAGCUGCUUUCCUUCCUAAAGCCCUCUCAGGUGAGACCAAGAGCACUGGGCCAAGUGCAAAUGUUCAGAGCUGACCAGAAAGCCUUUUUCAGCAGAACAUGCAAAAACAGCCACUCUAUACUUUUAUCACAGGUAAGCUUUUACACGGUGCUGCUAAUACAAAGUGCAAGCUGUCUUGUAUUAUAUGACACUAGCGUUACACUACAGCAUAUAGCAAGGAGGAGACUUAAAGCUGCCCUGGGUGUUACUCUUUAAAAAAACAGGACCUACUGGGGAAGAAGAAUGAGAUAUAACUGCACUUUAGGGCUAAUUGAUAGUUCCUCUGCUUCAGACAGAUUUGUAAACAAAGUACCAAAUAGCAGAGGAGUUCUUCUAGUAGAGUAUAGAAAUCUGCCGAGGUGAUGGGUUUUUAUAGUAAAUAGAGGAAAAAAGUAAACUAGCCUAUUACACACACAAAACUGCAGUUUACAUAAUACCGCUUUCAGAGAGAUGCUCGCCCUUCUGCUCAUUUGGACGCAUAUACAAAUGUGGUUAUGGCUAGGUAAUCUUUCCAUAUCUCUCAAGGGCUACUCCAAACGUAUUUCAACCACUAAUCUGGUCAAAAUAAUGUAAACGUUACUUUUUAAUGUCUACAGAAAAACCACAAACGGCCUUAUGAUGAGGUCAGAAUGGAGGUCUUGAUUGUUGUUUCUUAACAUGUCCAUCUACAAACAGUACAAGAUUGGAGUUUCACUUUUUAUUUACGCCCCAGUGAUCUUUGCACCCGUUUGAGCAUUUAGAGUACAUGACUGUAAGUCUUUAAACAUGAGCAUUUUUCUAAACAGUAACAGAAGUGUAUUAGCUGCAAGGAUAGCAUAGCCAUGUUGUAGUAUAGAAGCUGCCCUGAUCCUCUGUUUGUUGACAAUGCAUAGAAGAUUUAGAAUUAUGGAACAACUGUCCCUCCC